CUGCUCUUAUCAGCUGGGACUGAAAGCGAAAAGUGAUACUUUUCUUUUAUAAAUAAAUAAUAUUUUAUUUAAGAAAACAAAAAGUUAUUUGAAGUUAUUAAAAAUGCCUGUAAUGUAUAACACAGGAGACUGGUUCAGUCUUGAAUCUCACACUUAUAGAAAAUUCGAUUUGUAUUGUUUGAAUUGGCCCAAUGAUGUUAAUUUGGAUUAUAUGCGGGUAUAUGCAGCACCAUUUGGUGGACCGAUAGCUGUUAUUCGAGAUUUUGCCCAAAUAGCACCGGUCAAAGGAAAUGCAAAAGUCGAAAUCAAAACAUUCGAUUCUUCGGGAUUGUUAUUGGGAAUAAUUAUGUGGAAUCAUGGCAGGUUUAUAACAAUGGGCUGGUCCGAUACGGAAGAUUUAAUAUGUGUCCAAGAUGAUGGUUUGGUGAUAACUUACACUAUGUUUGGUGAGGAAAAGCAUACUUUCAGCAUGAGUCCCGAAGCAAGCCGAACAAAAGUUAUAGAUGCCAGGAUUUUCUCCUCCAGUUCGGGAACAGGAAUUGCUGUUUUAACAACAAGUGGAAGAGUAUUCUUGAAAAGCAGUAACAUUGCAGAGUUUAAAACUCGCCAAUUGCCUGAUAUUCCAAAAUCUUCUUCUGAGAACUUUUCAUGCUGGCAAAUUGUAUCUGAAGAUCGUAAUAGUUACUGUUUAAUUGGUCGAGAAAGGGAAGUAAUCAAACUUGCUCAUGGUCAAAGUGUCGGUACCAUUCAUGGAAAACUCUUCAACAAGCCAUUUGAAAAGAUCGUACUAAUGUCAGUGUCCUAUAAUCAUCAGUUCCUAGCUCUAUACACAAAUAACGGUCUCCUGUGGUUGGGAACAGUUGAUAUGAAGGAGAAAUUCUGUGAAUUUGAUACCGAUCGUCUAGAUCAGCCGAAACAAAUCGAAUGGAUAAUGGAUUCUGAUAACACUCAUCUCUCCGAUGCCGUUGUAAUCACUUAUCCCUCGCUUUUACUGGUUGUCGACAAAAAGGGCGAUCAUAAUGUCUUCACAUAUGAUCCAGCGAUAUUUCUAGUUCCAGAGUUAGAUGGUGUUCGAAUAAUCACUAAUAGUACACAUGAAAUGAUUCAGAAAGUUCCGAAAUGUGUGCAAAACAUUUUUGCAAUAAAUAGCCAAGAACCUUCGAGUUUUCUUUUUGAAGCUCAAAAGAAAUUCCAAGAACGCAGUCAUCAGUCUGAUGAGUACUUGAGUUUAUUUAGGGGCAAGAUGGAAAUAGCUGUCGAUGAGUGUAUUGAAGCUGCUGGCUACGAAUUUUGCCCUGAGACACAAAAGUCUUUAAUAAAGACGGCAUACUUUGGCAAAGGUUUUAUAGCUCUGCACAAUCCUGAUAAAUACAUGAGGAUUUGUCGAAUUCUUCGAGUGUUGAAUGCUCUUAGACACCCCAAAAUUGCAAUACCUCUCACCUAUAAACAGUUUUGUCAUCUUAAACCUGAUGUUAUUUUAUCGCGGUUAGUGUUUAGAAAAAACUAUGCUGUAGCAAUUCAAGUGGCGAAGCAUUUGAAAUUACCUGAAUCAUGGAUUUUGGAGCAUUGGGCGAUACACAAAGUAUACAACGACAGAGAUGAUAAUGAAGUUGCUCGAAAAAUCACGGAAAAGUUUAAAAAUCCAUCGAUCCAAGGCAUUUCUUACUGCAACAUUGCUGAAAAAGCUCACGACAUUGGAAAAGAUGAUCUCGCUAUAAAGCUUCUCGAAUUGGAGCCCCGCUCUUCGCUACAAGUUCCUUUGCUAUUGAAACUGGGCAAAUACGACAAAGCACUUUUCAGUGCAACCCAAUCUGGUGAUACGGAUCUCGUCCAAAUGGUUUUACUUAAAAUCAAAGAGAACAUGACAGUUACCAAUUUUCAUAUGAUUAUUCGAGAUUUUCCAAUGGCAUUUAAUUUAUAUCGAAAAGCAAUGGCCGAAUGCAGUCGAACUGCAUUGACUGAUAGUUUUCAUACAGAAGAUGACCAUCAAUCGAUUGCAGAGUACACACUGCGCUAUGCCAUCAAAGAUAAAAAUGUUGACUCGAAUUUAUUGAUUAUUGCCAAUCGUUAUAGUCAGGGAAAAAGAAUUGUUGAAGCAGACUUAUGCACAGAAACGGGAAAAAUUCUAAAGCUACAAAAAGCAUUGAAUCAAAAGUUGCGAAACACACAUUCUGGUGUAGAAUUGUGCGGCGAAACUAUCCAUGAUACGGUUUUGAAACUUCUUCGGUUGGGCGAACUUAAAGAGGCAGAAAGAAUUAAAAACGAUUAUAAAAUUCCUGAAAGGAGAUACUGGUGGAUGCGUAUUCAGACAUUAUCUGAAAAGGGGAAUUUUGUGGAACUCGAAAAAUUCUCAAAAUCAAAAAAGAGUCCCAUAGGCUAUGAACCAUUUGUUGAGGUUUGUCUAAAUAUGGGAAAUGUUCAUGAAGCAAGAAAGUAUAUUGCCAGGUGCAGAGAAGACAAAAAAGCGAAAUGGUAUAUUCGCGCUGGCUUACAUGAAGAUGCAGCAGGAACAGCAUUUGAACAGCGAGAUAUAAAUACGUUACAAACAAUUAUGUUGGCGGCUGCCAAUAGCGGAAAUAGAAGUCUCUCUGAGAAAGUCGAUACAUUUAUAAAACAGUUAAUGUCUAAAAAAUAAAAUAACGGACAAAAAUAGGAAAUUGUUAUUGAAAAGUAACAAUUGGUUUUAUAUAUUAAUAAUUUAUUGUAUUAUCCGCGAUAUUCCUGUUUUUAUACAUAUUCUUGUAAUUCUCUAUGUAAAAGAUUUUUAAGUAGGUUUCGUUAAAAUAUUCCAAAUAAAGUUUAAUAUAAAAUUUAUUUAAAUUUAAGAAUUAAUAGAGAAA